UAUAGGCUCGACCAAACUCUUUCCAUGACCUCUAUUGCGAAAGUGAUCUAGCCGUGCAUAGGCCAUCCCAUGCGAUUGUGUGUAAACAAACAGUGGUUCGCGACGGAGCAUUCGUUGCAUAAAACCAACCCUACGGACUAGGCGAGAUUGAAAUUGGGUUCCCGAUAAACUCUUCAAUUCCCGCAGUGCUCGACGCGACUCCUCGACAGACGACAGCAUUGCACUGGAAAGUACUUGGAAUAUCUGCACUUCUAAUUUGCCAAAAUGCCACCAACACUUUCACAAGGACAGGGUCAUGGAGAAAUAAAUGGAGUCUUUGCAGAGAUAACUGCAGCUCUGAAGGAGCGCAUCAUGAUAUUUGAUGGUGCUAUGGGAUCCAUGAUUCAAGGCUAUAAGUUUGACGAGAAGGCUUUCCGCGGGGAAGAGUUUCGUGAUCAUCCCAAGGACCUGAGAGGAAACAACGACCUUCUGACCUUCACUCAACCUGAUGCAAUCUAUGCAAUCCACAAGGCAUACUUGGAUGCUGGUGCUGACUUUAUUGAAACAAACACCUUCAGUGGAACAUCAAUAGCACAAUCAGAUUAUGGCCUGGAACAUGUGGUAUAUCGCCUGAACAAGCAGGCAGCUGAGCUUGCCAAGAAGGCGGUGAAUGCAUCAAUGGCAGAGACAGGUGUUAGACGCUAUGUAGCUGGUGCUAUAGGUCCAACCAACAGAACCCUCUCCAUCUCACCAUCAGUAGAAAGACCUGACUUCAGAAAUAUCACAUUUGAUGAGAUGGUUGCUUCAUAUGAAGAGCAAACCAGAGGGCUUCUUGAUGGAGGAGCUGAUGUUCUCCUAGUAGAGACCAUCUUUGAUACCCUCAAUGCCAGGGCAGCUCUCUAUGCUAUUCAGAAUCUCUUUGAGAAGGAUUAUGAAAAAGUACCUGUGUUUAUAUCUGGGACCAUAGUGGACAAGAGUGGACGCACGUUGUCUGGUCAGAUGGGCGAAGCGUUCGUCGUCAGUGUCUCUCAUGUGAACCCCAUGUGUCUAGGAUUAAAUUGCGCCCUCGGGGCCAAUGAGAUGAGGCCGUUCAUAGAAGCCAUCGGUCUAGCAACACCUUCAUAUGUCAUAUGCUAUCCUAAUGCAGGUCUACCCAACACAUUUGGUGGCUAUGACGAGACGCCUGAAAUGACCGCUGACCAGCUUGGUUCCUUUGCUCGUGAUGGACUGGUCAACAUUGUUGGAGGUUGCUGUGGGACUACACCCGCUCACAUCAAGGCGAUCGCAGACACUGUUAGGCAGUAUAAACCAAGGAUUCCCCCUACAGAGGUCCACCCAAAUUCAAUGAUGCUUUCAGGAUUGGAGCCAAUGGUUGUCAGCAAACACACCUUGUUUGUAAACAUUGGAGAGCGUUGUAACGUCAGUGGUUCCAAGCGGUUUGCCAAGCUGAUCAAGCAGAACAAAUAUGAUGAAGCUCUGAAUGUAGCUAAAGACCAGGUAGCAGCUGGUGCCCAGGUCCUGGAUAUCAACAUGGAUGAAGGCAUGCUGGAUGGAGUCCAGGCUAUGACCAAGUUUGUCAACCUCAUCACAUCAGAGCCAGACAUCUGCAAGGUGCCUCUGUGUAUCGACUCCUCAAAGUUCCACGUGAUAGAGGCUGGCUUGAAGUGCAACCAGGGAAAGUGCAUCGUCAACAGCAUCAGUCUUAAAGAAGGUGAAGAAGACUUCCUGGCGAAGGCUCAAGUCAUCAAGAAACAUGGAGCUGCGGUGGUUGUCAUGGCAUUUGAUGAGACGGGACAGGCCGUGGAGGUUGACAGGAAGAUUGAGAUCUGCUCUCGCUCAUUCAACUUACUGGUCCACAAGGUUGGCUUUGAUCCCAAUGACAUCAUCUUUGACCCCAACAUCCUCACCAUAGCAACAGGAAUGGAGGAGCAUAAUGAGUAUGGCAUCAACUUCAUUGAAGCUACUAAAAUUAUCAAGAAAAGUCUACCGGGAUGCAGAAUCAGUGGAGGGCUGUCCAAUCUGUCGUUCUCCUUCAGAGGAAAGGAUGUCAUUCGUGAAGCCAUGCAUAGUGUAUUCCUAUACCAUGCCAUCAAGGCUGGUAUGGACAUGGGUAUCGUGAAUGCAGGAAAUUUACCUCUCUAUGUAGAUAUUGAGCCCAAGCUACUUCAACUAUGUGAAGAUCUGCUGUGGAACAGAGACCCUCUAACUACAGAAAAAAUACUGGAAUAUGCCGAGGUAGGUCCAACUACAUUUGAUGUUUCAUAUCCCCUUCUUGCAGUUUAGUAUAAAAAUAAAAUAUUAUUGAUGUUGAUUUUGGUAGAUAGUUGUUGUUAAUGGUGAUGAUGAGAGUGAUGCUGCU